UAAUAUGGAUAAAACGUCUUUGGCAUUCGAUAUGCCUAGUCCAGUAACCUUUAAAAAAUGUAGAGCAAAGACAGUAAGCAUCAGAACCACUGGGCAUGAAAAAGCAUACUUUACUGUAAUCCUCAGAUAUCUUGCAGAUAGAACGAAACUUCUACCU